AUGACCAUUUUUGUUACUAUAUUGUUAUCAAAGUCAUGCUAUCAAAUGGUUCCAAAAGUCAUCAUUCAUAAAGUUGUUGCUACUUACAAUGACUCCAUCGUUGAUCUCAAACAUGUUUUGGAUGCUUUCCCCAAUGAUACUUAUUAUUUAAGUGCCAACGCUACUUUUCUUUCUAAACUGGACACUUUUUUCUGUUUCUUCUCAUUAGAUUUAUUAAAUGGAAAAGGAAAGUACGAAACCUUUAUCAAAAAUGGCCCCACCAACAUUUGCAGUUCUUUCAAAAAUCUUAAAGGGAAUGCAGUUGUUCGCACAAUUCUCAGGAACAAAAACUUCAGUAAAAGAAAAUUUCCAACUACAUGUCCCGUCGAGUCAGGCUUCUACUACAUUGAAAAUUUUGAACUCGAUGAAAGGUUAUUGGCAUUCAAAAUUUUUGAAUCAAAAUAUCUAAUUAAAAUAAUUUUGAGUAAGAAGGUCGGUGAGAAACUUGUAGAAUUUAUAAAUUUUACAAUCUACGCUGAAUCAAAAGAUCGUGAAAAAUAUGAAAAAGAAAAAAAGAAAUCACUUGAAAAGUCACAUUAA